AAUGGAGACCCAAUUUUCCGUCCAAGUUGAUUAGCAUCUAAUAUUUCUGGGCACUAUAUAACCGGUUUUUGUCCAUUCUGUCGUGGAUCAUCCGAAAAAUGGCAGCACCAUCGCCGAUUCAUAAAACAGAAGAGGAAUGGAGGCUCCUUCUCUCUCCUGACCAGUUUCGGAUCCUUCGCCAGAAAGGAACUGAAUUGAAGGGUACAGGAGAAUAUAACAAGUUUUUUGAAGAAGGAGUUUACAACUGUGCUGGCUGUGGAACUCCUCUUUACAAGUCUUCCACCAAAUUUGAUUCUGGUUGUGGUUGGCCUGCUUUCUUUGAGGGUUUUCCUGGUGCCAUCAACCGAUCCCCUGACCCAGACGGGAGGAGGACUGAGAUAACUUGUGCAGCCUGUGGUGGGCACUUGGGUCAUGUUUUCAAAGGAGAGGGAUUCAAGACCCCAACUGAUGAACGCCAUUGUGUGAAUAGUGUUUCUGUCAAAUUUGUUCCCGGCAAUGCUAUUGCUUCAAUAUGAUGCCUUACUUUAUUGUAGGUGUCUUUUGAAUGAUUGUCUUGUUUGUAAUCUUAUUGUGGUUUUAAAGACAACUAGCUUAGGCGAAUGGAGAUAAGCUUGAACGACUGAGCAAGUGCUGUACUUUGAAUCAAUAAAAUCAUUUUCUUCUUGUCUUUUCA